CUUUUCCAAGACUGAGGGGGAACACCACCGUAGGGCGAAAAAACAUUUGACAGUGUUUGUUUUAGGAUUCGUGAAGUGUUUCCACAAUGUCUACGAAAGCAGAGCAAUUUGCCUCUAAGAUAAGAUACUUGCAAGAGUAUCACAACCGCGUGCAACACAAUAUUUACCCCGUGCCCUCCGGAACAGACAUUGCAAACACAUUGAAAUACUUUUCCCAAACCCUGCUCAGCAUUCUGUCCCGCACAGGCAGGAAGGAGAACCAGGAAGCAUCCAAUUUGGCCGUGCCCAUGACCAUGUGUCUUUUUCCUGUGCCAUUCCCACUCACCCCAUCUCUAAGACCACAAGUCAGUUCCAUCAACCCUACAGUUACUCGCUCCCUCCUUUACAGCGUUCUGCGUGAUGCCCCGUCAGACCGCGGGGGGCAGGGGCAGCAGAGUCGGGACGCUCAGCUCUCAGAGUACCCCUCUCUGGACUAUCAGGGGCUCUAUGCGACCCUCGUGACCCUGCUUGACCUGGUGCCCCUGCUGCAGCACGGUCAGCAUGAUCUUGGACAGUCCAUAUUUUACACAACAACUUGCCUCCUGCCCUUUCUCAGUGACGAUAUUCUCAGCACUUUACCCUACACUAUGAUCUCCACUUUAGCUACAUUCCCCCCAUUCCUUCACAAAGACAUCAUUGAGUACCUGAGCACCUCUUUCCUCCCCAUGGCUAUAUUGGGUUCCACUAGAAGAGAAGGAGGCGUCCCAGCAUAUGUCAAUCUCUCUGCCUCCUCCAUGCUAAUGAUUGCUAUGCAGUACACUUCCAACCCAGUAUAUCACUGUCAGUUGUUGGAGUGUCUUAUGAAGCACAAGCAGGAAGUGUGGAAGGACCUGCUGUAUGUCAUAUCGUAUGGACCAUCCCAAGUCAAGCCUCCAGCCGUGCAGAUGCUCUUUCAUUACUGGCCAAACCUAAAGCCCCCAGGAGCCAUCAGUGAAUACAGUGGACUGCAAUACACAGCCUGGAACCCCAUCCAUUGCCAACACAUUGAGUGUCACAAUGCCAUCAAUAAGCCUGCUGUCAAGAUGUGCAUCGACCCCACCCUCUCCGUUGCACUGGGAGACAAGCCCCCUCCUCUAUACAUCUGUGAGGAGUGCAGCCAAAGGAUAGCAGGAGACCAUUCAGAAUGGCUUGUUGAUGUGCUCUUGCCCCAAGCUGAGAUAUCUGCUAUUUGUCAAAAGAAGAACUGUAGCUCUCAUGUCAGGAGGGCAGUUGUCACCUGCUUCUCAGCUGGUUGCUGCGGGCGCCAUGGCAACCGACCCGUCCGCUACUGCAAGCGUUGCCAUGUCAACCACCACAGCAGCGAGGUGGGGACUGCGGCGGAGACCCAUCUGUACCAGACCUCCCCACCUCCCAUCAACACCCGCGAGUGUGGGGCAGAGGAGCUGGUGUGUACUGUGGAGGCUGUUAUCAGUCUACUGAAGGAGGCAGAGAUCCACGCGGAGCUGCGUGAGUUUGAGCUGAACAGGCGUCGUCAGAUGGGCCUGUCUGCCUCCCACCACUCCCUGGACAACAUCGACUUUGACAACAAGGAGGACGACCAGCACGACCAGAGGCUCCUCAGUCAGUUUGGCAUCUGGUUCCUGGUGAGCCUGUGCACCCCCAGUGAGAACACGCCCACUGAGAGCCUGGCGCGGCUGGUGAGCAUGGUGUUCCAGUGGUUCCACUCCACAGCCUACAUGAUGGACGACGAGGUGGGCUCCCUGGUGGAGAAGCUCAAGCCCCAGUUUGUCACCAAGUGGUUGAAGACCGUGUGUGACGUGCGCUUCGACGUCAUGGUGAUGUGCCUGCUGCCCAAGCCGGUGGAGUUUGCCAGGGUGGGGGGUUACUGGGAUAAGUCUUGCAGCACGGUGACCCAGCUGAAAGAGGGGCUGAACCGGAUCCUGUGCCUGAUCCCCUACAAUGUGAUCAGCCAGCCGCUAUGGGAGUGCUUCAUGCCAGAGUGGCUGGAGGCCAUCCGCACUGAGGUGCCUGACCAGCAGCUCAAGGAGUUCAGAGAAGUGCUCAGCAAGAUGUUUGACAUUGAGCUGUGCCCUCUGCCCUUCUCCAUGGAGGAGAUGUUUGGGUUCAUUAGCUGCAGGUUCUCAGGAUACCCAGCCUCUGUGCAGGAGCAGGCUCUGCUCUGGCUGCAUGUGUUGUCAGAGCUGGACAUUGUGGUGCCUCUGCAGCUGUUGAUCGGGAUGUUCUUUGACGGGGUGAACUCAGUGAAGGAACUGGCCAAUCAGAGAAAGACUCGAGUCUCAGAUCUAACUGGUGAAAAUACUGAGGCUCGGAGGGAAAGCGUGGUUUCAGAUCCAGGCCAUCUUGGUCCGCACAACACUGUGAGCCCGUUCCCCAGUCCGUUCCGGAGCCCAUUCCGGAGCCCCCUGCACUGCAGCCCCUUUAAGAACCUGGGCCAUGCUACGGGACACUGUGCCCUGGACCUGGACUGUGAUGACGAUGACAUGAACCUGGGCUGUUUCAUUCUCAUGUUCGACCUCAUCCUCAAACAGAUGGAGCUCCAGGAUGACGGUGUGAUGCUCGGUCUGGAAAGCAGUCUGGGGAAGGACAUUGUGGGCAUCAUCAACAACGUCUUCCAGGCCCCGUGGGGGGGCUCCCACACCUGUCAGAAGGAUGAGAAGGCUCUGGAGUGCAGCCUGUGCCAGUCCAGCAUUUUGUGCUACCAGCUAGGCUGUGAGCUCCUGGAGAGACUCACCCCCAGGGAGGAGAUACGUCUGGUGGAGUCAACAGACAUCUUGGAGGACACAUUGCUGUUGCCUCAAGUGUUUGGUCCUGAACAACGGACAAAGCAAGGGGCAGAGGAAGCGGACAACCCUGCCAGCGCACACACUGACAACCCUACAAGUCAAAGUUACUCUCCUGACAACCCACCGAUGAAGAAUAAUGCUGAUAAGAAGUUUUCCUACCAGCAGCUCCCUGUGUCUCUCAAGCUAAUAUACACUAUUCUGCAGGAAAUGUCUAAGUUUGAGGAGCCUGAUAUCCUGUUCAACAUGCUGAACUGUCUGAAUAUCCUGUGUCUCCACGGAGAGUGUCUGUACCUGGCCCGUAAGGACCACCCCCAUUUCUUGGCCCACAUCCAGGAGAAGAUGCUCAUUCCCAGCCUGUGGACCAUGCUGAAGUCCGAGUUCUGCCAGCUGGCCUCCUUGGCCGUGCCCCAGCUCCUGCAUGCCCUCUCCCUCUCCCACGGAGCAGACAUCUUCUGGAACCUGGUGGACAGCAACUUUAACAGCAAGGACUGGAAGAUACGCUUCGAAGCAGUGGAGAAGGUGGCGGUGCUCUGUCGGUUCCUAGACAUUGGUUCUUUGACGAAGAACCACCUGCUGAAGUACUCCCUGGCCCACGCCUUCUGCAGCUUCCUGGCCUCUGUGGAGGAUGUCAACCCGGCUGUGGCAACACGCGCCAGGCUGCUGCUGGACACCAUCAAGAGCCCAGCACUACAGGGUUUGUGUUUGUGCCUGGACUUCCAGUUCGACACGGUGGUGAGGGACCGGCCCAUCAUCCUCAGCAAGCUGCUGAUGCUGCACCACCUGAAGCAGGAGGUCCCUGCCCUCAGCUGGGAGUUCUUUGUCAACCGCUUCGAGACGCUCUCCCUGGAGGCCCAGCUCCACCUGGACUGCAACAAGGAGUUCCCUUUCCCCACUACCAUCACAGCUGUGCGUACCAACGUGGCCAACCUUAGUGAUGCAGCGAUGUGGAAAAUCAGACGGGCGCGCUUUGCCAGGAACCGCCAGAAGAGUGUGCGUUCCCUCCGUGACAGCAUCAAGGGCCCGUCCACAACCAAGCGAGCCUUCUCCCUCCCAGAGACUCUGUGUAACCGACUACCUUUAAGGCUUACGAGGCAAGAGCACUCUGCCCCGACUCUGGGAGAUAUGAUAGAGAAAGUCCUGCCAGGCCACAGCCCCUCAAUGGAGGAUGACUCGGUCAUCAGGGACCUGCUCCCAGAGGAUGCUGGGAUAGAUCACCAGACGGUGCACCAGCUCAUCAUGGUACUCAUGAAGUUCAUGGCCAAAGACAAGAGCAGUGCUGAGGCAGACAUCGGCAGUGCCAAGGCCUUCAACUCGGUGAAGCGUCAUCUGUAUGUGCUGCUGGGCUAUGACCAGCAGGAGGGUUGCUUCAUGAUCGCACCGCAAAAGAUGAGGACCUCCACCUGCUUCAAUGCUUUCAUUGCUGGCAUCGCACAGGUGAUGGACUACAACAUUGGGCUGGGGAAGCAGCUGCUCCCCCUGGUGGUCCAGGUGUUGAAGUACUGCACCUGCCCCCAGCUCAGACACUACUUCCAGCAGCCGCCGCGUUGCUCUCUCUGGGCCUUGCAGCCACACAUCAGACAGAUGUGGCUCAAAGCCCUGCUGGUCAUCCUCUACAAGUACCCCUACAGGGAUAUGGAUGUGAGUAAAGGGGUUCUGCACCUGAUCCACAUCACGAUCAACACCCUGAAUGCCCAGUACCACAGCUGUAGGCCCCAUGCCACUGCUGGACCCCUCUAUAGUGACAACUCCAACAUCAGCCGCUACAACGAGAAAGAGAAAGAGGAGGACAGUGUGUUUGAUGAGUCUGACGUUCAUGACACACCAACUGGAGCAGGGAACAAGGAGUCUCAGACCUUCUUUGCCCGUUUGAAAAGAAUCGGUGGCAGCAAGUCUGUCAAGUACCAGCCGGUAGAGCUGAAUGCCCAGAAAAGUGAAAUUGAGCUGUCUGAGUACCGCGAGGCCAGUGCAGUGCAGGACAACAUCUUGCACUGUGUGAGGGAGGAGAGCACCAGGAAGAAGCGUCUGCAGGCCAUGCACAAGCAGAAGUCCUUGGACAUUUCCAACACUGACUCCAUCCUCUACAACCUGGACGAGCACCGACGCAAGUCCUGCAUAGACCGCUGUGACCUGCAGCAUGGUACCCCCGGGCCCCCCUCCUCCACCACCUCCCACCCCAGGCGGACAGGGGGCCAUGGGAAGGGCUCGUCAGACGGCUCCUCAGGCCGAGCAGAGGGCAGUGACCACCAGGACCGUUCAGGAACCCGGGGGGGCCACUCAGACUGCUCCAGGCCUGUCAUCCCAGAGGUGCGCCUCAGCUGCAUGGAGACGUUUGAGGACAAGGCCGACUUGGACUCCCCUCUUACAGGCGGCUCUUCUGCAGAGAAGGAGGACCAGGACCUCAUUGACCUCUCCUCCGACUGCACUUCAAUCCCAGAGAAGCACUCCAUCCUCUCCAUGUCCGACAGCGACUCCCUGGUGUUUGAGCCCCUACCACCACUGAGGAUCGUGGAGAGUGACGAGGAGUUUGACCUGAACAUGGGGAUGGGCCCCAGGCUGAAUGGGAGUGCCAGGCCCCCUGCUUCCCCUGCCAGGCCCCCUGCUUCCCCUGCCAGGCCCCCUGCCUCCCCUGCCAGGCCCCCUGCCUCCCCUGCCAGGUCUGCUGCCCCCCCUGCCAGGCCCCCUGCCUCCCCUGCCAGGUCUGCUGCCCCCCCUGCCAAGCCCGUUGCCUCCCCUGCCAGACCCCCUGCCUCCCCGGCCAGGUCUGCUGCCCCCCCUGUCAAGCCCGUUGCCUCCCCUGCCAGGCCCCCUGCCUCCCCGGCCAGGUCUGCUGCCCCCCCUGCCAAGCCCGUUGCCUCCCCUGCCAGGCCCCCUGCCUCCCCGGCCAGGUCUGCUGCCCCCCCUGCCAAGCCCGUUGCCUCCCCUGCCAGGCCCACUGCCUCCCCUGCCAGCAGAAGCACCGUGUGCCUGUCCCCCAUGGUGCAGGUGAGCGUGGAGGACUGUUCUAAGGAGAAGAGGACCACAGACUCCCCAUCAAAAGAAAGCCCCCAACAGCCUCUACAGAGGAGGCCACGCUAUGCAACCCCCACCACCUCCCUGGAGCUGCCUGACCGGUCAGAGCACCCUGGCCUGGAGAGCCCCAUGACUCUCAGCUUACAACAGAAGAGGGACCUGCUGAGGAAGACCCCUGCUGUCCCUGACACCUCCCUGGAUGACUUUGUGCAUCCUGAGGACUUGAAGGCAGGGGUGGGUCUGGGGACCAGUCCCUCUGGCAGGAUGAUCUUCCUGGACAUCCCUGAGGACACAGUUGAACCCCUCACCUCUCUGGAGGGGAACAACAACGACGAAGAGGAAUAUUAUGAAGAAGAUGAUGAGGACCUUGAUGACAGUGACUUUAAACCCGAUGAUGAUGAGAACGGCGAGGCAGAGUUUAAGAUCCAGAUAGUUCCCCGGCAACGCAAGCAGAGGAAGAUAGCUGUGAGCGCCAUCCAGAGAGAGUACCUAGACAUCUCCUUCAACACCCUGGACAAGCUGGGUGAGCAGCCCACUGACACAGAUCACAAAGUUCUGUCUACCCUGGAAAAGCCACGGGAAUCCGCCUCAGCCCCCACCCUUGAAGCUGCUAUCCCAGAAACAAGCAACCGCUCUUCAGUAUCAACUCAGUACCGUCAGGCAAAGCGAGGCUCAUUGGGAGCUCUAACCAUGAGCCAGCUGAUGAAGAGACAGCUGGAGCACCAGUCCAGUGCCCCUCACAAUAUCAGCACCUGGGAGACAGGCCCCACCAAGACCAGCCUCCUAUCUGCCCCCAGUACAGUCAGUAUGUUUGUGCCAGCCCCUGAGGAGUUCAUUGAUGACCAGCCCACCACAAUGACUGACAGGUGUCGUGACUGUGGUGCGGUGCUAGAGGAGUAUGAUGAGGAGACCCUGGGCCUGGCAGUGGUGGUGCUCUCCAUGUUCAUCCACCUCAGCCCCGACCAGGCCGCUCCACUGCUGCUGGACAUCAUGCAGUCUGUGGGCAGGCUGGCGUCUAGUGCUAAUUUCUCUGGGCAAGCUGAGAGCAUGCUGAUCCCUGGCAACGCAGCAGGUGUGGCUAAGCAGUUCCUCCGCUGUGUGUUCCAUCAGCUGGCCCCCAAUGGCAUCCUGCCCCAGCUCUUCCAGAGCAACAUUAAAGAUGGAGGUUUUCUGAGAACAUUGGCCUUUUCCCUGAUUGAUUUUAAUGAACUGAGUUCUGUGGCUGCACUGAACCAGCUACUGGAGGGUCUGAACAACAAGAAGAGUCUACCAGCAGGGGGCACCAUGCUGCACUGCCUGGAGAACAUCGCCACCUUCAUGGAGGCCCUGCCCAUGGACUCCCCCAGCAACCUGUGGACCACCAUCUGCAAUCAGUUCCAGACCUUCCUCACUAAACUACCCUCUGUGCUGCCUCUGAAGUGUCCCCUGGACUCCAGUUUGAGGAUCAUCAUUUGCCUGUUGAAGAUCCCCACCACAAGUGCAACCCGGAGCUUACUGGAGCCCUUCUCCAAACUGCUGAGCUUUGUCAUCCAGUAUGGAGUGUUCAGCCUCUCUUACCUGGUGGAGCUGUGUGGCCUCUGCUACAAAGCCUUCAAUAAGGAGCGAGAUAAGUUCUAUAUGUCUCGUAUUGUGGUGCUGGAGCUUCUACAGGCUCUGAAGUUCAAGUCUCCUCUACCCGAUACUAACCUGCUACUGCUGGUCCAGUUUGUUUGUUCAGAUAUUGGUACGAGGCUAGCAGAGUCUACUGUUCUCUCAAAGCACAUGAUCUCAUCUCUUCCAGGGUGCACGACAGCAGCAAUGGAAUGCAUGAGGCAAUACAUCAGUGAACUUCUAGACUUCAUAGCGGAUAUGCACACACUGACCAAACUAAAAAGCCAUAUGAAGGCGUGUUGUCAGCCACUGCACGAGGACACGUUCGGAGGGAACCUGAAAGUGGGCCUGGCACAGGUAGCUGCCAUGGAGAUCAGCAAAGGCAAUCACCGUGACAACAAGGCAGUGAUCCGUUAUCUGCCCUGGCUCUACCAUCCCCCGUCCGCCAUGCAGCAGGGACCUAAGGAGUUCAUUGAGUGUGUGUCCCACAUCCGCCAGCUGUCCUGGCUGCUCCUGGGCUCCCUGACCCACUAUGCCCUGCACCAGGGCUCCACCUCCUGUAUGCCCAUCCCCCUGGACGCUGGCUCACACAUCGCUGACCACCUCAUCGUCAUCCUCAUCGGCUUCCCUGAACAAUCCAAGACGUCAGUGCUGCACAUGUGCUCCCUGUUCCAUGCCUUCAUGUUUGCCCAGCUGUGGACCAUUUACUGUGAGCAGUCGGCGGCCACUCCGGCCCUGCAGAACCAGAAUCAGACAGAGUUCUCCUCCAACGCCAUUCUGACCGGCCUGGAGUUCUGGAGCCGCGUCACACCCAGCAUCUUGCAGCUCAUGGCCCACAACAAAGUGAUGGUGGAGAUGGUGUGUCUACAUGUCAUUAGCCUGAUGGAGGCUUUACAAGAAUGCAACUCAACUAUCUUUGUGAAGUUAAUACCUAUGUGGUUGCCCAUGAUUCAAUCUAACCUAAAGCACCUGUCUGCAGGUCUACAGCUGCGGCUGCAGGCCAUCCAGAACAGAGUGAACCACCAGUGUGUGCAGGGCCAGGCGGCUGGGGCCCUGCCCUUCGCCCUGCGCAAGUGGCUGCAGUGCACACAGUUCAAGAUGGCCCAGGUGGAAAUCCAGUCAUCCGAGGCUGCCUCACAGUUCUACCCCAUGUGACCUGCCCACCUCUCACUGUGGGAGAUCCUCCAAGACCCAGUCCUCCUCAGGACCAGCAUGCAUCUGUCUGCUGCCUGCCUGACCAUAAAUAUCAGGAAGUCGACUCCUGCAUAAACUGACUCUCACCGUCUUAAGACACUGCUUCGGAUGUAAUCAUCUUCAGCACCUUCUAAACUUUGUAUAUCUAUACUAUUCUUUGGUGCAAUGAAAGGAUAGGUGAGUACAGGUUGGGCAGGUGUGCAGAUGUAGGGGGAUCACAGUUCUGUAGAUAGCAGGUUAAAUGUCCAACAUGCUGUAUGCUGCAUCAGAGGUCAGAACAGACGGAGAGAAUAUAUAGCAGCAGAUGAUAGUCUGGAUGAGGAAUGCUGAAGCUCAGACUUGUUCACUUGGUGAUGCUCAUGGUCUAUAUCGAUAUGUUCAGUUGCUUGGUUGCAAGCCUGAUAAAAAUAAUUAAAUCAAGACACAUUUUCUAAAUAUUGUUGUCACUGUCAUUUCUACAGAGGUCAGUUAAAGUGCACAAAGUGUGAUAUGAUUGCACAUCUGCACAGUAACUACCACAGUAUAUCUUCCCUAAGGUUUAUGGGAAAACUAAAUGACUGCAAGAGGAUCUGUUAAACCCAAAGAAUGUAUAGGAACCACCCAUAUCCUAGCUCAGAAGAAACCAUUAGCAAUCAUACUAUAUAUCUUAUCAGUAAAUCCAAUUAGACUUUAGGGCUCCUGUCUCACCUCUUCCUCUGCUCAGUUCCAACAGGUUGCCUCUCGCCAUCAGAGCCCAGAUCGAUCAGCCACAAAGUGGGUUGCAGUAGCAACAAAAGCAGCAGCGUUGUAACUCGAUCAGGAUGAAACCAAACAGGGGAGGUAAACAAGACAAGCUAGUCCAUGUUGACCGCCCCCUGUAGAGCCUAGCCAUCAUUUUCCACUGACAUGGACCAAAUACAGUUACCUCUGGUCUAAUGUGGUUUGUCGUGAUAAAGCAUUGUUGUGGAAUCUAAUGACAUUAUGGAAAGGGCACUUGUCAGGGAAUGCCACGCCACAUGAGAGCUGGGCUACCGUAUAUUUAAAUCAAAGCUUGAUCUCACUCACUUUUUUUCUCUACAUUGUUUCCCCUUUAUUUUCAAGUUGAAUUAAAAAGCUAUUUAAUGCCAUGGUUGUCGGA